AUGGCCAAACAAUAUAGGACUGCUUUUAUUUAUUAUAAUUAUUUACUACAAGUAUUUAUUGGUUUUCUACGGACGAAUCGACCCGUUAUUGAUAUCUAUCGGUUGAAUGUGUUUACCGAUUACGAGAUACCCAAAGAAGUUAUUGGUUUAGAGAAAUCAAUAGAUCUGUCAAAACUCGGUAUUAGCUAUGGAUUAGACUUUGAUCCGACCCAGUUUAUUUAUCCAUUAAAUAUGUUAUUUCGAUUUUCAUCGAUUAUUAUCAAUAAACGCACUUCAUUGUUGAUAUCAAUGAUUGCUACCAAUCAGUGGUAUCAUCAACAGUGGAUCGCUAACAAUAACAGUCAAUCACCACUUAAACAGUUUAGACCGUACUGUAUAUGGAAACCAUAUCCAAGACUUAUGAGAAGCGCACUGUUGGCUAAAGAAAACAAACUCUGGAUGAAAGACGUGUACAACAAAUGCAUGGAAUCUGUGAUUGAAGUGUCAUUAGACAGUCGGGAUGAGGUCAAGAUAGGCGGUUACGGGUCGGGUUGGUUGUUGGACGGCGAUGACGGUCUGAUCCUAACCAACUAUCAUUGUGUUUUCGAUGCACAUUAUAUUAAGAUCCGUCUCCAGCAUUCAUAUCGGGUGAGCGAUCUACGAGAUGUCGGUGAAGAUGUCGAUUACAUCAACUUUGAUUACAGUCGUAGCUCUUACUGGUGGGCUGAGGUCAUCUAUGUUGAGGCGCACCUGGAUCUGGCCUUAUUGAGACUGCCAUCAAUUAUUCCUGGAUUGCUAACAGGUCUUGAAAUUGCCAACAAUGAUGUCGUUCGGGGCGCCGAAGUCAUGGUAAUGGGACAUCCCUUUCUGGACGAUACACUCAAUGUUGGUUAUGUGAUACACCAGAGUCGACACAAUUAUUUUUCCAAUUGUUUUAUGUACGGCGAUCUUAUGUGGCCGACAAACCAAUUGUUUACAACUAUCAACAUUACAUCCAUACAGGGCUUCUCGGGCGGACCGGUUGUCAACACCAGUGGCCAAGUGAUUGGCGUACUUUUUUGCGGACUUUUCAAAGAGAGUUCAAUUACCAGACGACAGGAUCUGUUAGAUUUUAUCAACAGAUCUAAAACCAUUGGACAUCAACUCAACAACAAAUUAGUUAACCAAAGAAAAGUUUUUUAUUCAGGAAAACCAUUAAUCGGUGUUUUUCUUGGAUACGAUAAAACACAUAAAUUAUAUAAUGUUAUCGAUUAUAUGCCGUACGCCCACUCUAUCAGAAAUGUCUUAUCAAUCGGUGAUAAGAUUACGGCAAUUGAUGGCAAACCAGUAGAAAAUCUCGAAGACAUAAUGAAAUUCAUUGAUAAUGUAUCGAUUGAACAGUUGAUUGUAAUGGAUAUAUUGAGAAACAAACAAAAAUUUUCAGUUAAUUUCAAUAUACAAACCAUUGAAAACAAAUGCUUUUUCUAA